AUGUGCGGUAUCCCUUCUAGCGGAAAGACUACCCGCGCGAAAAAGAUUGAGCGAUACUUUCUUGAUAGGCUUACAAGUCAAGGGAAAACCGGCUUGGUUCACCUGAUUAACGACGAGUCUCUGGGGAUAACGAAAGAUAGUUAUAAAGAUACACGCGUUGAAGAAAAAAAGGCCCGAGCAUCAUUGAUAUCAGCUGUAGAACGUUCAACUUCAAAGGAUGAUCUGUUAAUUGCUGAUGGAAUGAACUACAUCAAAGGGUUUCGAUAUCAGCUAUAUUGUAUUGCGCGGGCCAUUGGUACUCCGCAUUGCGUGAUAUACUGUGGAACGCCGGUAGAAGUUGCAAGAAAAUGGAAUUCGAUUCGUGGCGAAGAGGGAUAUGAAUCAAAUCUGCUAUAUUGCACAGAUAUUCUGAACAUUUUACUUAAUCAAUACAGAUUCGACGAUCUCGUUAGCAGGUUCGAAGAACCAGACGAUCGGAAUCGAUGGGAUUCACCGCUCUUCACAGUUUUAUAUGAUGAUGAAACGUUACCACUUGACAAUAUAUGGGAUGCUGUCUUUGUUAGGAAAGCGAAACCACCUAACUUGUCAACCGUUGCGAAACCCGUUAGUGAAACAAACUAUCUUUAUGAACUCGAGAAAACUACACAAGAGAUUAUUAACGCAGUGCUAGAUGCACAAAAGCACAAUUUUGGAGCAG